ACUCUCUUCCCCUCUCCCUCUUUGUCUUCCCUCCUCUCUCCCAGCUGGUCUCUCUCCCAACGCCAGCUGAAGUCUCCUGGCUACACCUGAGCGUUCACACUUGACUCAUGGCUCCAGAGAAGGAAAGUAAUGGUCUGGACAACUACGCAUUUUCUAUUGAUGGUGUGGAACAUUUCUGUGAACUGCCUGAUGAGAAAGCUACAGAAGAGCCGAAGCAAUCGGAGACAGAGCGCAGGACGAAACUGGUCUAUUGUGUGACGGAUGUUCCCCCCUGGUACCUAUGCAUUAUCUUAGGCAUUCAGCACUGCCUGACAGCAUUUGGAGGGAUACUUGCUAUCCCCCUCAUCCUGUCCCAGGGGUUGUGUCUACAACACGAUGGCCUGACCCAGAGUAAUCUGAUCAGCACCAUCUUCUUUGUCUCAGGGAUGUGCACCCUGCUACAAGUCACCUUUGGGAUCAGGUUACCCAUCCUUCAGGGGGGGACCUUCACGUUCCUGGCCCCCUCCAUGGCUAUGCUGUCUAUGCCUGAGUGGAAGUGCCCAGCCUGGACUGAGAAUGCCACACUGGUCAACACCUCUUCUCCCGUUUUCAUUGAGGUGUGGCAGAGCCGCAUUAGAGAGCUCCAGGGAUCCAUCAUGGUAGCAUCUUGCUUACAGGUCCUGGUGGGCUUCUCUGGCCUCAUUGGUCUGUUCAUGAGGUUCAUUGGUCCCCUGACUAUCGCCCCCACCAUCUCCCUGAUUGGCCUGUCCCUCUUUGACUCGGCCGGCAUGAAAGCAGGAGACCACUGGGGCAUCUCAGCCAUGACGACGGUGCUGAUUGUGGCCUUCUCCCAGUACCUGCGGCACAUCGCCGUGCCCUUCCCCGCCUACAACCAGAAGAAGAAGUUCCACACCUCCAGGAUGUACAUAUUUCAGAUUCUUCCUGUGCUUCUUGGCAUAACACUCUCUUGGCUCAUCUGCUACCUUCUUACCAUCUAUGAUGUCCUGCCGUCUGACCCAGGGACGUAUGGCUAUCUUGCCCGGACAGACGUGAAGGGAGAUGUCACGGGCCAGGCCCCCUGGUUCCGCUUCCCUUACCCAGGUCAGUGGGGCAUUCCAACUGUGAGCCUGGCAGGGGUGGUUGGGAUCAUGGCAGGGGUGGUGUCCUCCAUGGUGGAGUCCGUGGGCGACUACCACGCCUGCGCCAGGCUGUCAGGGGCCCCUCCUCCGCCCAAGCACGCCAUAAACCGCGGGGUGGGGAUGGAGGGGAUCGGCUGCCUGCUGGCCGGAGCCUGGGGCACUGGGAAUGGCACCACUUCCUACAGCGAGAAUGUGGGAGCGCUGGGAAUCACACGGGUGGGGAGUCGCAUGGUGAUUGUGGCCAGUGGCAUCCUGAUGGUUAUCAUGGGAAUCUUUGGGAAAAUUGGGGCCAUUUUUACCACCAUACCCACACCUGUCAUUGGAGGAAUGCUGCUUGUCAUGUUCGGAGUCAUUUCCGCUGCCGGAGUGUCAAACCUGCAGUAUUCAGACAUGAACUCUUCGAGGAAUAUCUUCAUUUUUGGGUUUUCCAUGUUCUCUGGGCUGGUCAUACCCAACUGGAUCAUCAAGCACCCCACAGCCAUUGCUACAGGUGUCAUUGAGUUGGACCAGGUUCUUUUGGUGCUUCUGACCACCAGUAUGUUCGUGGGCGGUUUCUUUGGGUUCAUCCUUGACAACACAAUCCCAGGCUCUAAAAGCGAGCGAGGCAUUUUGGCGUGGAAGGAGGCACACAACGAGGCCUCGGGAGAAACCCUGGAGAGCGGGGAGGUGUACGACCUCCCCUUCGGCCUCAGCGCUCGCCUCUCCAAGUCCUCCUGGGUCAGAUACAUACCCUUCUGCCCCUCCAUGCCCUUGCCCCCAGAGGACAAGGAGGAAGUAGGAAAAUCUGGCCCCACAACCAUCUCAGUUGGAGUGGCAGUGUGAACACAGUGACUCAUUCCCCACACGGUGCAGCCUUAUCAAGUCACAGUGCAAGCUCUAUCCCCGACCUCACUUACUGCAGAAAACGCUGCUCUGUUUGAGUGAGUGCUUCUUCAUUCAAUAUCUGUUUUUUGCAUAAAGAUUUUUCACUGAAGGACUAUUUUUCUUUGUGAUGCAUAAUCUAUAACUCUAAUGAUUUUGUAUAGAAUAACAAAUGGCUUGAUUUUGUAGUGUAAAAUAAACCAUAUGCACUUCACUACAUGGACACUCAUGAAUCAAUACACAACUGACACAUCACUUUCAACAAGCUGCCAGCAUAUCACUCCUAUACCUUUACAAAAUGUGUUUUUUGUCUCUUUUAAGUUUCAUAUUGAAGAUUUCCUGAUUUAUCUUGGGAAGAUAGCUAUAUUUAUCUAAAUUUAAAAACCUUCUUGUCAUUUAUCUGUGACCAUAGCAUAGCUUAAUUCCAACCAGCUGAGGGGGAGGGGUUGUUAUGCAUUACAUUUUCACCAAUAUUGAAAAUGAAGGAGACCAUAUUAUUUGGUUUAUUUUCAAGACAAUUCAAAAUUUUGCAAAGUAUAAAUAAUGUAUGACCUGGAAAAACUUAAGACAUUAAUUAAUAGAAGGAGUACCUAUUUUAAAUAUUGAAUAUUGAAAUUCCUUAUGCAACGUUUUUUGCUUUGUUCCACAAAGCAGGAUUACUGAGUUAGUUCAGUAGUCCCGUCAAGUCCCAAGAAGUCAAAUCAACUACACACAUUUGUUAACUAGAAUUAUCAGUAUUAUAAUUGGAUGUUGAUGAAAAGUGCGCAUCUCAAAACGGUGAGGUCAGAUCCUUAAGCAGACAAUCUGAACAUUCUACCAACCAUGUCAGGCUCCAGGUUAAAACUUCGAUAAACUGUACUAAUUUCAGUGGGGAAAUAACAAAAAAGAAUUGCAUUUCAAGAUUUCAUUGACUUUGUGCACAGCUAUCUUACAGUGAUCAGAGCCUACAGUGUAUUUAAUUCCUGAACGGAUGUUUCUGCACUGACUUGAGAUGAAUGAGGAUUUGGGGGGAUUCCAUUGAAACCAGGAUCACUGCAGUCCUGUUUCAUACUGACAAAAUAAUUGGUAAAAUAUAAACCUAUAAAUAAAGUUUAUAGAUCACACGUGGUCUGGCUAACACCUCACUGCCCUCUGAGGUCCUGCUUUAAGGCCCUGUACAGGCUGACGAAGGACUCUGCCCAAUUGUCCCGCUGGUGCCCGCUGGUGUUAGCCAGCCUGUUGGCGGCGUACACCAUGGUCAGCACGGUUCUCUCGAAGUCGCUCUUUCUGAGCGGGCCCUGGUGCUGGGACAGGUCGGCGGCCAGCCGGCGGAUGUCCUUCAGGCUUUUGGGCAGGACGUCCUCGCAUAUGGUCUCCAGAGUACGCGUCUUCCGCAGGGAUGCCAGCUCCUCGUCCUGCACGCCGAACGGGAUGCUCUCGUCUCCUAUCUGCAGCCCUGACAGCAUUAUCUGCAGCAGGAGGGAGCGAGAGGGGGAAUGAGGCCAACUGCUUUGUUUUUGGUCAGGAUGCAGCGCAUGGAACCGAGACUGUCGUACAAUUGUGUUAAAAUGCAAGGGGACAUUAUACACUGUUCAAUAACUGGAGUUUGAAACAUAAAUAUUUAGACUCUUCCAAGUCGAGUCUUCCAAGGCCCUUUUAACUGGAAAAGUCCGUUCACUACAGCAAUGAAACAGAGGGUGGCCAAAACUGGAAAAAGAGUGUUUUUGGAAUUUGGAAAAUCAAUACCUGUUCUCUUUACACCCAAUCAAUCACUUUGUGUCUCUCUGAAUAGGAACUACUGUAACUAUUAAACCGUUACAGUAACUGCACCCUUUGUCAUCGAUUUUAAAAUUAAUUAUUUGUCACAUCCGUACCCUUCUCCGUUGUUCUUUCCCUUGGCUAUAUGUUUUCUGUAUUCUGCCUUGUCUUUGUGGCUUUUGUCUCAGUUCUCUGCCUUUAGUUUUUCAGUCUGUCAACCUCCUUUCACCUCUGCCUCCCAUUCCUUAUUUUUAUUUCCUACCUGUCUUGUUUCAGCUGUUUCUCGUUGGCUAUCGUCAGUGUUCUAUUUAAACUGCCUGUUUUUGUAAUUCUGUGCUAGUUCAUCAAAGCUGCUUCCUGAUUCCUACCUGUACCCUAUUGUUUGUUCUAGACUCUGUUUCCUGGACCUGUUUUAGUUCUGUUUAUCUGUUCUGUUUAUUUGGAUUUCCUGGCCAUUGAUCUCUGCCUGGCUCUGUACUUUCUACAUUAAAAAUUUUAUUUUGGUAUUGAGUGUGCAGCCACUCAGGAUACUGCAACUGAAAAUAAAACAGACAAGUCUACUCAGGCUUGUCAAAGACUUUUCUCA